AGUUAGCUAAUCCAUCUAUACUUUCUUAAAUCUUUUCUCAAUUCAUCCUCAUUUCAUCUCUCUCUCGCUCACUAUGUCUUUCAGAGACGAAGCUAUUUUCAUCAAGAGAAAGACCAAGAACAAUAUGGAUCAAGAUACCCUUCAUCCCUCUCCUGAUAAGAAGGAUGUUAUUCAUCAUCAUCAUCACCAUGAGAGCUGCAGUAACAAAUCCAAACGGUAUGCACUGGUGUCGUUCUGGGAAUUACCAGACUACUUGAAAGAUAACGAGUUCAUACUUAAUUAUUACAGAGCUAAUUGGCCUCUCAAGGAAGCUUUCUUUAGCAUAUUUCGUUGGCAUAAUGAAACACUUAAUGUUUGGACGCAUUUAAUUGGUUUUAUUCUUUUUCUGGGAUUGGCUAUGGCGAAUUUGAUGGAAAUACCUCAAAUAUCGGAUCUCAUUAGCUUACUGACAAGGUCUUUUCCUAUUAGUGGAGCUUCAAAUGUUUCACAUAACUCUGAAGAUUUCUUUGCGGGAGCAACAAAUCUUAUUGAUUUGAAGCAGAUAACGCAACCGGAAAUGGACAUAAACCCACUGGUGAUGCCCGUAACACGGUGGCCAUUCUUUGUAUUCUUAGGCGGCUCUAUGUUCUGCUUGCUUUCAAGCAGCAUUUGCCACCUCUUCUCUUGUCACUCUCAUCAAUUAAGUCUCUCAUUGCUGCGAAUUGACUACACUGGAAUCACUGUCAUGAUCAUUACCUCAUUCUUCCCCCCAAUCUACUACAUAUUCCAGUGUGAACCUCAAUGGCAUUUCAUCUACCUUGGGGGCAUCACAGCCAUGGGAAUGUUCACCAUUGUAACACUUCUAGCACCGGCGCUUUCAACCUCCAAAUUUCGAGCAUUUCGCGCCUUGCUGUUCUCUUCAAUGGGGUUCUUUGGCAUUGUCCCUGCAGUCCAUGCUGUGAUUGUGAAUUGGGACAACCCCAAACGGGACAUAACUCUCGCAUAUGAGUCCGCCAUGGCCUUGUUUUAUCUUACAGGAACCGCGUUCUAUGUCAUGAGGAUUCCUGAGAGAUGGAAGCCUGGAUGGUUUGAUCUUGCAGGACAUAGCCAUCAGAUUUUUCAUGUUCUUGUGGUGUUUGGUGCAUUGGCACAUUAUGGAGCUACGCUUGUGUUUUUGGAGUGGCGUGACCGUGUGGGGUGCUUAAAUAUUGUGUGAUUUUUUGUUCUUUGAAUUGUAUUUAACAAGCAUAAGGUGGAAUUGUUGUGUAGCUCUGGGAAUAUUCUUCAUUUGUUUACAAUUAUUAUUAUUAUUAUUUUUUCAAAAUAAGGGUGGAGGGGGAAAUAUACAUUUGAUGAGUCAUUGUAUUGUUGUGUGAAAUGUGACAAAACUACAACACACAUAACAUGAUGUAGAAGGUGUGCAUAUUGUUUUCAUGAUAGCAGCAUUGUUCAAGGGAAGAAUUUGAAUGAGUUA